AUGAACUCCACAGCUUCCUACGGCGCCAACGUGCACUUCUGUUCGUCUUCACAAAACGACAACCGCGCCAUAUCAACUGGUCAUCAUGGCGCAUACAUGGAUCGGAGUAGAGUUGGGAACAAUUUGCGUUUUGAAGGGCCGGGGAGAGCCAUACACAUCCCACCACGGCUAGCAGCUUCCCAGAAUCAAGGCUUCAAGACCGACACGCUCAGCCCAUCCUUGAAUGAUAGCAGCGCAGAGCACGCCACGACUUUUGUGCACUAUAGCGCAGCGACUGAGAUGGGAUUUGACGCGGCCAUGGAGAAUUCGACCACCAGCACAACCCUUACGCAGCAGGCGCCGCCACUCGAUGUGGACGAUUUUAAUUCGCUCUUCCAAAAUCUGCCUCCUGACGAGUUUGACAUCUUCAUGACAGAAAACAGUAUGUUGGAUGGCCAGGCCGUCAGUGGUGACGACCUGACCACGCCAAAGACUCUCCUAGAGGCAAAGACACCUGGUUCAAGUGAGCUUUGGCCUUCUGUUGCGACAAAAUACGGAUCACGGGUGUUUGAUGGAUUUGCAUCGCCUCAAGAUUGCGCUACUCAGUUACCGCUGGAUCCUGACAUCAGUAGUUAUUUUCAGAUCGACCCUACCUUUACUACGCCACUACAGCAGCUCGCAUAUGAUUCGAGUUCCUUGAACUAUCCGCCUUUACCCGAGCUACCCUCGUCUGGUGACUAUCAGUUUGACCUCCAGAUUGGCCCUUCAGCGUCCACCACCGAUCAGUACCUUCCGAAUGUGCAUUAUCAGGAACUGGAAUCUGGAUUGGCAACUGAUCAGAGCGCCCAGUAUCCAGAUCUCUGGGCUUCCGAAUCUGCCAUUCAAUCACCAACGGACGUUACAGGUAUUUCGACGCCCCAUGGCAGACAUUUGGGAGUAAAGGGUGGACAGCGUGACACAUCGAAAGACACGCUUCUAGUACAAUUGAAAGAACAAGGACUGUCAUAUAAGGUGAUCAAGGAGCGGCUGAAGUUCGAGGAGGCAGAAUCAACAUUGAGGGGGAGAUAUCGUGCUCUGACGAAACCGAGGGAGGCAAGACUGAGGAAACCAGAAUGGGGCGAUCGAGAUAUCCGGCUCCUUUUCGAAGCGGUUUCCCAUUGCUCGAAGGCGACCUCUGUCAAUCUGCAGGUUACCAGAGACCUCGACGCAGUUUCCAUUGGUCAAUUUGUCAAUAAAGUACCCUGGAAACAAGUUGCCGAAUAUAUGGAGAGCAAAGGUGCAUACCGAUACGGCAACGCAACCGUCAAGAAGAAAUAUCUGGAGGUCCUGAAGACUCGAGGUGCUUCGGUUUGAGUGGCAAGAACAGAGACUCUCGUCUAUUCUGACCGACCUUUUGGAUGUAACUCGAUGGCUGUUUGAUUGUCCCUCAGAUCGUUCUGUCUGACACUUGCUACUGCUAGCUUACACCGUAACAGCGACUAUUCUAA